AUGAAAUCUCUUGAGUUCCUCGAUCUUUCUGACUGCUCGAAUCUUAAGAAGUUUCCAGAGAUUGCCAAAGAUAUGAAGGAGCUAUCACAACUUUAUUUGGAUGGGACUACAAUUAGAGAACUGCCCUCAUCAAUUGAACGGCUUCAGGGGCUGCAAUUAUUAAGUAUGAGAAACUGCACAAGCCUUGUCUUUCUUGCUGACAGUAUCUGUAAUUUGGCAUGCCUUGAAGAGCUGUCUCUGACUGGGUGCUCAAAACUUUCUAAUAUUCCCCAGCACUUGGUGAAUUUAGAAUCCUUGCGCAACCUUGAAGUAGAGGGAAGUGGUAUUAAACCCCUCAGUUUCACUUUCUUUAAACAUCUUAAAACUUGUUAUCCGAGCAUGCCCUGGCCCAGAAUUCAUGACAACCAUGGCUCCUUUUUUGUGGACCUAGGCGCAACGAGAAGUAAGAGAAAGAGAGACAAACAGACGGAGGUCAGAGUCUCAGGAUAA